AUGCUGUCUUCUGGAUGCGUUUUGGGACGGAAUGUCCUGAUAGCAGGUCGGGGAUCAAUAGGUCUAAGCAGGCACCUGGGAACGGCAGCUGCUCGUGCCUCUUCGAGGAUACCAGGUGGCAGCGGUCCUAAACUGCGAUUUAUACUUCCGGGAGCUUUUCUGCAUGGAAGUCAUGGGUUGAAUUCGGCAACAGGGAGUGCUGGGUUCCAUACGGUUUCUGCUGUAUUGGCUGGUAACAAUAGUGCUUCUAAGACCGCAAGUGAAAGUGUGGCUAAGACUGAAUCCGACAAUGCUCAGAAGCUAGCUUCUACGGAUACAAAAACGACGACGACGACUACUCCGUCUGAAGGGAAUAAAAGUUCAAAAAGUAGUACUACGAGCUCGUAUCUUUCAGAACAACAGGAGCCGGAGGAGAAAAAGUUUCACAAUACAAUUCUGCGGCAACUUUUCAAGUAUCUAUGGCCGAAGGACAAUUUGUCUGCCAAGGUGAGAGUGGUUAUUGCCCUUUCUUUACUGGUGGGUUCGAAAGUACUCAAUGUUCAGGUGCCAUUCUUUUUUAAAGAUAUCAUUGAUAACAUGAAUGUCGACUGGACCACUCAGGUGGGUGAGGUAUCGACAGUAGUUGGUGCAAUGGUUUUGGGAUAUGGUCUUGCUAGAUUUGGAUCCGUUCUUUUUGGUGAGCUUCGAAACGCCAUUUUUGCUACAGUUGCUCAAAAGGCUAUUCGCCAGGUUGCAACAAACACUUUUGAACAUUUACUGAAAUUGGAUCUCGGGUUCCAUCUUUCGAGACAGACAGGUGCCAUGACUAGAGCCAUUGAAAGAGGUACUAAAGGUAUCAGUUAUGUCCUUACUUCAAUGGUUUUCCACAUUAUUCCUCUUACUCUUGAAAUCAGUAUUGUGAGUGGUAUACUUACCUGGAAUUAUGGAUUCCAAUUUGCAGCCAUGGCUGUAGGAACCAUGGCAGCAUAUUCCAUAUUUACAAUCAAGACGACUUCAUGGCGAUCCCAGUUUCGACGAGAUGCCAAUCGUGCCGAUAACGUGGCAGCAAAUGUUGCUCUUGACAGUUUGAUCAACUACGAAUCAGUCAAGUAUUUCAAUAACGAGAAAUUUCAAGUCGCCAAAUAUGACGUUGCUUUGAAAGAUUAUGAAAAGUCGUCAAUUAAAAUCGCCACAUCUCUGGCAUAUUUGAAUUCGGGUCAGAAUUUCAUCUUUUCCUCUGCAUUGACUGCUAUUAUGUACAUGGCAUGUUCGGGAGUGGCUGAUGGAAGUCUUAGUGUUGGUGACUUAGUUCUUGUGAACCAGUUAGUGUUCCAGCUUUCAGUACCCUUGAACUUCUUAGGUUCUGUUUACAGAGAUUUAAAACAAUCGCUUUGGGAUAUGGAAGCUCUGUUUAAGCUUCAGGAUGUCAAUGUCACUAUAAAGGAGCCAGCAGAUGCCCGACCCUACCAAUACAAGGGAGGUGAGAUCAGGUUCGAGAACGUGACUUUUGGCUACCACGCUGAUAGACCUAUUUUGAAGAAUGCCACAUUUGUCAUUCCUAGCGGCCAGAGAGUAGCACUUGUUGGAUCCAGUGGAUCUGGUAAGUCGACUAUUCUCAGACUGCUUUUCAGAUUUUACGAUGUUCAAGAAGGCCGUAUUUUAGUGGAUGGACAAGAUAUCAGAAACAUGACUUUGGAAUCUAUUAGGCAAUCUAUUGCAGUAGUCCCUCAAGACACCCCUUUAUUUAACGAUACUAUUCGAAAUAACAUUCACUAUGGAAGACUCAGUGCCACAAACGAGGAGGUAGAAGAAGUGGCCGAAAGAGCAGAGUUAGGAAAAUUAAUAAGCCAGCUUCCUGAUGGUUAUGAGACUCAGGUUGGUGAGCGUGGUCUUAUGAUUUCUGGUGGUGAGAAGCAAAGGCUGGCAAUUUCACGAGUGCUUUUAAAGAAAUCACCAAUAAUAUUCUUUGAUGAAGCGACCUCUGCACUGGAUACUGAGACUGAAAAGGCUCUAUUACAGAAUAUCAAUUAUAAUCUUAAAGAGCUGAGGGCUACAUCAGUAUUUAUUGCUCAUAGAUUGAAGACUGUAGCUGAUACUGAUAAGAUCAUUGUCCUUCGCAAUGGUACUGUGGCUGAAGAGGGCAAACACCAGGAUCUCUUACAAAAUCCCAACUCUUUGUAUUAUAAUAUGUGGAAAGCACAAGAGCAUCAUGACCACACUGAAGUAGAGGAGGGGGAGAAGCAGACCAUCGAGUCUGCCUAA